AUGGCAGGAGAGGAAGGCACGGGAGAACUUUCCAUCUCCUUCCGGCCUUUGGAAGUGGAGGACGCCGACGACGUCAUGGCGUGGAAGGGGGACCCUCGAGUGGCGCAGUUCUGCCGGUGGGAUACUUACACCUGCCGCGACGAGGCGGUGGCAUUCAUCCAGAACUUCGCCGUCCACCACGAGUGGUGCCGCGCCAUCUGCGUCGCCGGCCGGCCGGUCGGCUGCAUCUCCGUCACGAUCGGCAAGGAUGAAGCCCGGUGCCGUGGGCUGCUGAAGUACGAGCUCGCCCACCGCUGCUGGGGAAAGGGCGUGGCCACCUCCGCCGUGAGGCUAGCUGUCCCGGCCGUCUUCAGGGAGUUUCUACGUCUGGAACGGAUCGAGGCGAUGGUCAUCCCUGAAAAUAAAGGCUCCAUGAGGGUUUUGGAGAAAUGCGGAUUCCUUAGAGAGGUGAUCCUCAGAAAAUACGAGGUUGGGGAAGGCAGGCUUUGGGAUGUGGCCCUCUUUAGGUAUUCUUUCUGA